CUGUGAUGUCAGAAAUGGCCUUCAGCUGCCAAAGCAGCAAUAAAAAGUCAGAACUGGAGAGAAAGAAGCAAAAGAGUCCUGAGCACAGGAUAAAUCUGAGAUCACACAGAGACAGCCAAUUUAGACCGAGACAGAUAGAAGCUUCAGAAGCUAUCCAUGGCAAUAGUGAAGGGCUUUUCUACCCUUUCGCCCUGUGCCCGACGCUUCAUCAGUAGAAUAGCAGGUAGAUCAGCUCUACAUCAGCAGGCAAGAAUUAGAGCUCGUCCUGCCUAUGAAGAGCCAGACCCUGAGCCCAAUCAAGUUGAUACCUUCCACGAGCCCAGUAGUGUAUCAAUGGUCGACCGAUCCCUAGUGCAAAGGGACAUCCGACUCUUCCUGAAAGAGUGUGGUGGGAAACCCAGCGAGGCACGCCAUUGGUUGGCUCAGUUCCAGGAGCUGCAUUCCAACUACGAAAAGGCUUUUGCUGUAAUUGAGGUGGAUGAAAAUGUGUUCACCUGCAAAAGGUCAUUGGCCAGUGUUGCCUUUGCACUCUCUUUCCUCCAGCGGAUGGACAUGAAGCCACUGGUGGUACUGGGACAGCCCAGCACCUACUGUAUUCGUCCCUCUUCUCAAGAUGUCAAGUCCUUGUUGGUGCAAAACUGCCAGACGCUGGUAAACACCAUGCAUGCCAGCUCAGGCAUUGCACUUCCCUUGUUCAAUGGAGGAUCUGUGCUUACAGCCCGAGAACAAGAGGGCAGUUAUGGGUCCGUGCUGUCGGUUGAUACAGAAUUGCUCACCUGGUGCCUGAACUCCGGUAAUAUCCCCAUCAUAUGCCCCAUUGGGGAAACUCCGUCUGGCCGCUCCAUCCUUUUAGAUUCUUUAGACGUCACUGCCAGUAUCUCUCGUGCUUUGCAGCCACUCAAGAUCAUCUUCUUAAACACAGUGGGGGGAUUAAAGGACCUGAGUGAAAAGGUUGUUGGUCUUGUGAACUUGCCCUCAGACUUGGAACUGAUGAGGAAUGCAAUGUGGAUGAGUGAAAGGCAGAGGCAACAAGUGACUGUCAUUGUGGACCUGCUAAAUCGCCUGCCACAUAGCUCGUCCGCUGUCAUCACUUCGGCACGCACUCUGCUCUGUGAGCUUUUUAGUAACAAAGGAUCCGGAACACUGUUCAAAAACGCAGAAAGAUUGCUAAGAUACGAAUCCCUGGACGACAUUAAUAUUGAGAAGCUGGUCUCACUGGUAAACAGAUCCUUCCAGAAACCUUUGAAAGAAGACUAUAUAAAGAGCAUGUCCUCCAGGCUGCACUCGGUCUACCUGUCUGAAGGGUACAACGCAGCCGCCAUCAUUACCAAAGAACCAGUAUUAGGAGGAACACCAUAUCUGGAUAAGUUCGUGGUGAGCUCUGGCCAACAGGGGCAAGGCUCUGGACAAAUGCUAUGGGAGUGCGUGAAACAAGACUUGCAAACCAUUUUCUGGAGAUCAAGGGUCACCAACCCAGUAAAUUCUUGGUACUUUAAGAACAGCGAUGGAAGCUUUACAGACAAGCAGUGGAUAUUCUUUUGGAAGGGACUCUCAGACAUCAGGGACUCUUAUGAACUUGUAAACCAUGCUAAGUGUAUUCCUGAUUCCUUCUGCAAGCCUCAGGUUUCAUGAACACAAGCUGCCAGGUGCUGGAUUCACAAAUUCUGUUCCCCGGCUUCCUCAUCCCUCGUUGGCCUUCACAAAUUUCUACUGUUCCAAGUGAAUGAGUGAAACAUAACUUGGCUCUGAUGGGAGCAAUCAGCUUUGAGCUGUCUAAGAAGGAAGGAAAUCCUGCCGCUAAAAAUAAUAGCUUAUAGUAGACCUUACUGACUAUGAUAUUUUAUGGAUACUGUCGAAUAAGGAUUUUUUUCCAGUGCCAGCAAGCACAGCCGUUAUAUCCAAUCUCAUAUAAUGCAAUUAUUAUACAAACCAAUGCUCACAGCACUAUUUGAGUAUUUGAGAGUUUCCCAGGCAGAUUUAGUAGGCCACAUAGUAGUAGUAGUUCACUAGCACUUUAGAUCAGAGAGUCCUGCAUUUGGUUCCUAAUAGAGACUCUUGCUUUGACUCCUAAUGCCACUGGACAACAAACUCAAAAAAUUGUCUCCGUAAUACCUAGAGCUUGGACCGUGCAUAUAAACCCAAGAUCUUCUCUGGUAAGCAGUGGUAGCAGUGGACCUUCUCCUUUGGAUAAGUCACUUUAUCUUACUGAGCCUCAGGCAUUACAAUUAGACUAUAAACUCUUGAGAUAUCUUAAGAAUACUACACAGCACUAAACAUAAUUAAUUGUCCUACACACCAAACAGUUAAGUUGUAGAAUAUUGAAGCAGCCAGGAUGCAGCAGGACAUCUAAGAGCACACUGAGAAAGAGAGCAUUGGAAUCCUGGGAGCAGAUGAACUCUCCAUUGCCUCCAUAUUGGCUGAAGGGACUUUCUGCACUUUUAUUGCUUCACGAGUCAUUGACUGUGUAAGUAGACAUUCUUGGGCCCUAUCUUUUUACGACUCCCCAAAACCAUGAGGAAGAUAAUGUUUUGCAGUUUGAAGAUGGCAUCAGUAAAGAACACAAUGGACCCUCUAUGCGCUUGGCCUUCUACCACUAUCUUUCAUCAUACCAUCUUCAGGCCAUCUGCUCCCUUUUUUUCCACUAUAACUUGAAUUAAUGUAAAUUAAGAUAUUUAGAAUAUUUGUUGUAUUUAAAGUUAAUUUUAUUUAAAACUGUUACAUUAAAAUAUACAAAACUGUGGUUUUACUUUAUACAUUAAUAAAAAAUCUAAAAACCAGAAUAUAAACUGUGUAUAUAUCAUACCUGCCAACAUUGCCAAAUAGGAAUUUAAGCAAUAGUUUUCCUACUUCACACCAGUCCUUCCUAAUCAUGCCCUUAGCUUCAGGGUUCGACUGGGAAAAACCCCGUGGGCCCCACCAACCCAAGCUUGCUCCCCUGCCUGGGACACCCCAUCUCCCCUGAGCCUGCUCCCCUGCUUGGGCUGCGACCUCCAGGGUCCUUCUCUUGAUAUCUCCAAGACGUUUUUACAUCCUUUCGUUUGUGGCUUUGAGCAUACUCCCUUGCCCAAGUUGCCCCCGCUCCCCUGCCUUGGCCACCCUCUCUCCCCAGAGCCUGCUUCCCUGCCUGGGCUUCCCUCUGUCCCCUAAUCAAGGCUCCAAACUUAAGGAGGUAAAAGGGAUGCUGUGUGGAGGGGGGUGGGGGUAUAUGUCAGGAAGAGGGCCCUGUAGGUUGCAGCACCGGUGGGCCCCAACGCUCCAGUCCGACGUUGCUCAGCUUUCCCCCAGCAAGUUUAGCAAUGGCUACAACAUGGGUGGUGAUGGCUUAAGGUGGCCUUACAUGGGAUGAUUUCAGCUGCCUAUUCAAGUCUUUUAGAUGGAUUUGGCAGCUUAUAUGCCCCUGUACGGGCCUGCCUAACCGAAAAAAAAAUUGUCCAGAUCUCAAUUGGGCAGAUUUGAUUUUCCGUCGGAUCAGGGACCGCAUCAGC